AUGCAGGGCUUCAAGGGCUUGCAGGGCCGUUUCAAGCAGGCCGUUGCCAACACGAAGGAGCGCGUGGGCGAGGCCACGAAGAACCUCGUCGACCGAGCGCGGGACGGCAGCCGCUCGGAAACGCAGUCCGUGGGCGCGCCCUCGGCGCCUUCGAGCCCCGCGCCGCCGCAGCAGCAGUACGUGCGCAUCCCCGUCGAGGCCGCGCGGCGCCUGCGCGCGAUGGAGGAGGGCGACAUGGCUGACGUCAUCAAGAGCCACCUUGAAGACCGGGGGCGGUUGCUCUCAGAGGUCGAUCGCCUGCGGGACGCGCUCGCAGCCGCGGGGGUGCCGGAGCCGUCCGGGGGCGACGCGGGGUCUGCGGGCGGGGACGCGCACGGGUGGGGGGGUGUUGAGGGUGUCCGGGAGCACGAUGAGGGGAUGUCUAGGGUUCUACUGAUCAAGCUGACCGACCAGCACGCGGCGCUGGAGACGCGGUACCGCGAGAUGGCGUCGCGCAGCGAGCAGCUGCAGCGGGAGCUCGACGAGCACCGCACGAAGCUGCGCGCGCACAUCCAGGGCGCCGGCGCCCCGCCGGACCUGCUGUCGGGCGCCGACGUCAGCACGGCCCCCGCCGGCGCGGACGACCGCGUCGCGGCCCUCGAAUCGGCCGUGCGCGGCAAGGACGAGGAGCUCGCGCGGCUCCGUGCCCAGAUCGAGCACCUGGCGACCGCGAUGGGCGACGCGUCGACGGCGGAUGCGGCGUCGUCAGCGGAGGAGGCGCACCGUUUGCGGCGGGAGCUCGACCAGGCGCUGCGCGGCGCGUCGGCGCUCGAGGAUGAGCGCGAGCAGUGGCGUGCGCAGGCCCUGAGCCAGGGUGCGGUGGUCGAGGACCUGAAAGCGCGGCUCGCGGACGUGGAGGCGGCCGCGCAGGCGCCGGCGGGGGGCGCGGAGGCGGAGGCGCGCGCCGGGGCGGCGGAGAGCCACGCGGCGGAGAUGAAAGAGAAGCUGAAGCAGGCGGUGCGGAAGGGGAAGGCGUUGGAGGAGGAACGGAACGAGUUGCGUGCGCGGCUGCAGCAACAGGAGGAGGACGCGAGCCGGCGGGCGGCGGAGCUGAGCGGGCGCGUCGCGGAGCUCGAGGCGACGGCGGAGGCGUCGGCCGCGGAGGUGGCGUCGCUGCGGGACGGUGCGGGGCGCGCCGAGGCGGACCUGACGCAGGCCCGACUGCGGGUGAGCGAGCUCGAGUCUGCGGCGGCGGAGCGCGACGGAGGCGUGGCGGCUGCGCAGGAGGAGGCGGCGAAGCUCCAGGCGCGCGUGGGGGAGCUGGAACGCGCGCUGGAGGAGGCGAGAGCGGCGGGCGCGAAAGCGGCGGAGGCGGAGCACGAUCAGGUCGACACGUUGCGGGCGCGUGUCGCUGAGCUGGAGAGCACACUCGCGGCGAGCAAUGAUGAGGUGGCGCGUUCGAAGAAGGCCGCGGAGAGCUUGCAGGCGCGGGCGGACGAGAUCGAGGCGACUGCCACUCAGGCGCAGCACGACGCCGACGAGGCGCGUGCGCGCGUGGCCGAGCUCGAGGAGGCGCUCGCGUCGAGCGCGGACGCGGCGGCGCGCUCGAAGCAGGCCGGGGAGAGCCUGGCGGCACGGGUGGACGAGAUCCAGGCAGCGGCAUCGCAGGCGCAGCAAGACGGAGACACGGCGCGUGCGCGCGUGGCCGAGCUCGAGGAGGCGCUCGCGGCGGCGACGUCGCGCGCGGACGCGGAGGCGGAGCGCGCUGCGUCGCUGCGGGAUCGCGUCGACGAGAUGGAGCGAACGGCGGCGGACGCGGACGGCAGUGCCAGGGCCGCGGUCGACGCCGCGCAGGCGCGCGUUGCGGAGGCGGCCCGCGACGCUGAGAUGCUGCGCGCCAGGGUGGGUGAGCUGGAGGCCGGCGCCGCGCGAGCGGAGGAGCUUGGCGAGCGCACUGCGACGUUGGAGGCGGAGCUGGAGGCGGCGAAGGGUCGCGGUGAGCAGGCGGCGGCGCUGCAGGCGCGGGUGACCGAGCUGGAGGCGGCUGCUGCGGCGGUGCAGGCCGCGGGGGAGGCCGACGCGGGGCGAGCGGCGAGGGAGCUCGCGGAGGCGCGCGGGCGGGUGGCAGAGCUGGAGGGGGCGCUGGGCGAGCAGCGUGGCGCGGCGGCGAGCGCGUCGGAGGAGGCGCAGGCGCUGCGGGCGCGCGUGGCGGAGCUCACGGCGGAGCUCGACGGGGAGCGUGAGGCGGCGCGGGUGACGGCGGAGCGGGCGCGGAAGCUCGAGGACACCGUCGCGAAGGUGGAGGGUGCGGCGGCGAAGGUCGAGGCGUCGCUCGAGGCGGCCCGGGCGGACGCGGAGGAGCAGCGCCGGCGCGUCGCGGAGCUCGAGGCGGCUCUGGACGACGCGCGCAGGAGUGGCGGGGAGGCCGCGGCGGGUGCGCAGCAGGAGGCGCAGGAGCUGCGGGGGCGCGUCGCGGAGCUGGAGGAGGCGCGGAAGGCCGCGGAGGGGGAGUUCGAGGCGCUGAGGGCUCGGGCGGCGGAGCUCGAGGGCGCGGUGGGGGCAGCGGCUGCACGGGCCGACGGGCUGGCGGGCGAGCUGGCGGCUGCGCAGGCGCGUCUGGCUGAGGUGGACGCUGGCGAGUCUGACCGAGAGACUCGGGCCGCGCAGCUCGCCGAGCGCGUCGCGGACCUCGAGAACAUGCUCGAGGUGGCCGAGAAGGCGGCGGAGGACCAGGCUGCGGCUCUGCAGUCCCAGAUUCGCGACGCCAAGGCUGAGGCGGAGUCAGGCGUGGCUGACGCGACAGGGAAGUGCGAGGCGGCGCGCGCGGAGGCUGCGGCGGCUGAGAGCGCCCGCGGCGAGCUCGAGAGCGCCCUGGCCGAGAAGGAGGAGUCGAGAGAGAUGCUGGAGCACCAGGUCGAGGAUUUGACCCACGAAGUCAACCGCGUCAUGGCGAUCAACCAGGAGCUCGAGACGAACCUCGAACGCAUCCUCGCGGACCUCGAGCUCGCGCAGGAGCGCCGGCAGGUCCUCGAGGACCGCGUCGCGGAGCUGCAAGACGCGAAGGGAAGCACGCAAGCGCGCGACAAGGACUCGAACGCCGAGGGCAAAGCAGACGAGCUCGAGCGGCUCCAGAGCCGCGUUUCCGAGCUCGAGGGCGUGCAGGAGGAGCUCCAGGCGGCCAAGGCGAGGGUUGCGGAGCUCGAGGCGGCCGUCGAAGAGGCAACAAAGGCGUCGACGUCUGCGCAGCGGGAACUUGCAGAGGCGGUAGCGCGCGCCGGGGAGCAGGGCGACGCCGAGCGGCUGCGGAGCGAGGCCGAGGAGCGGGCGAAGGAGCUUGCGCAGGAGCGGAGCCGGGCGGAGGCCGCCCAGUCGCUCGUGCGCGACAUGCAGGCGCGGUGCGAGGCGCUGCUGCAGGAGCGAGCCGAGGCGGGCGAGCGCGCCGCGAAGGCCGAGGCUGAGCUGAAGGAGGCCCGCGGAGCCACGGACGCCGAGAUGAAGUCGCUGCGCGAGAAGGCGAAGCAGGCGCGACACGCGCACCGAGAGGCGGUGGCGGCGGCGGAGCAAAUCGUUGCGCAGGAACGGCGGCGCGUGGCCGACGCGGAAGCGGCGCAGCGGAACGCCGAGGCGCAGUGCCGCGAGGCGCAGGCGAAGCUCAAGCAGGCUGAGAAGGCGCACGGGGACGCAGCGCCACAGAUCGCGGCAGCGGCGCAGGAGCGCGACGGGCUGAAGGAGCGCCUGCGCGAACGUGACGCGCAGUGCCGCGAGCUCGAGGGCCGCGUGGAGAGCCUCGUCGUGGAGCUGUCGUCCACCGAGGCCAAGGCGACAGCGCUCAAGGCGGACGCCGACAUGCUGGCGGUGGAGCGCGCGGCGCGCGAGGAGGCCGAGGCGCGCAUCCGGACGCUCGAGGAGGAAAUGCGCGAAGCUGGGGGCCGCGAGGCGGGCCGCAGGGCGCUGGAGGAGGCCGCGCGCGCUGCGGACGAGCGCGAGGCGGCUGCGCGGGCGGAGGCCGUGGAGGCCGCCCAGCAGGCCGCGACGCUCGAGGCGCGCGUCGAGCAGCUGCAGCGCGAGCUCGAAGACGCCUGGCGCGACGCGGCGGACGCGCGGGCGGAGUCCCGGCGCGCCGAGGCGCGCGUGACCAAAGAGGUCGAACGUCGGCUCAAGGAAUCGGCGAAGGACCGGGCGCAGUGGCCGGACGCUGCCAAGGAGGAGACCGAGCGGCUCGCGGCCGAGGCGGCGCGGGCGGCGCGGCGAGCGGACGGGCUCACGCGCGACGUGGAGGAAGCCACCGCGCGUGCCGCGGAGGAGCACACGCGCGCAGACGAGUUGCAGCGGCGCGUGGCGGAGCUGGCGGCGGAGCGCGACGCGCUCGAGCGGGCCGCGGCGUCCGCGGAGGCGUCGACGCCCGGUGAGCGCGCGAGGCUGGAGCAGGAGGUGCGGCAACUGAAGGCGCUGGUGUUCCAGUUGGAGGAAGACAAUCAUGCGCUGCAGCGGGAGAACGAGGCUGCGAGCCGGCGGGCGGCGGCGGGAGAGCCGUUGGGGGCCGCGCAGGCCCGGCAGUUGAAGGGUGCGGGGGGGUCUCGGAGGGGGACUCUUUCGAGAGGCCCCUCGUCGCAUUUCGACGAGGCGGCGCUGGGGCGCACGAGCGAGGUGGACCACCUGUACGCGAAGAACGUCGUGCUGCGGUUCGUGGAGGCGGCGCUGCGCAACAAGCGCAACGAGCGCGACGCCAUGGUGCCCGCCGUGGCAGCAGUGCUUGGUGCGACGCCGAUGGAGCUGCAGCAUCUAAUGGGCAUCGUGCAGCGCGGGACCGGGGGCAUCCUUGGCGGCCUGCUCGGAUGA